AUGUGGAUUGUGGACCACCCCCGGGAGCCUGGUCUGACGCCAGGAAAAAUUGAGCACCAGACUUACAAGAAUUUCCAGUUCUACCAAAGGAUUGAAGCCGAAACUGAUAUCCACAAUAGCACCGCACCGCAAAGAAAAAAAAAAUCCAGUGUAGCCCGUGGAUCAGGCCCAGUGCUUGGUUCCGAGAUUCGCACCCACAACCAAGAGGAGACCCUAAUCAGCCCUGCUGGCCAGAAACAGUCGAUAUAUGCACGAGGAACGCCUCGAGAGACGCAGCAGGAUCUUGCUAAAUUCAGGAACAAGAGAGGAUGUUAUUUCCGGGUACCACACCGCAGGCAAGGGUGGAGACUCCCAGAGCAAAGAGGUGGUGGAAAGGCACGCGCUGUCGGCUGUAUAAGUAACUGCGGUCUGUGUGUCUUUGCGACACGAUGGGGACCUGAGGAGCCAACAAGCAAGAAUUGCAGCAUCCACCAUGUACCCUAG